CAGCCUUCCUUUUAUAAAGAAAGCCCCGUUUUCCGCCAUCGUUAGAGCCAGGGGUGGGGUGAACUGUAGAGAGAGAGAGAGAGAGAGAGAGAGAGUGGGUGAAGAAUCUCCUUCUCUUCUCUUCUCUUCUCUUCUCUCCUCCCGUCCUCUGUAUUUGCGUGCGUGUGUGUGUAUGUAUAUAUAUGACAGCUCGAGUGGAAGAAGUGUGGUCUCAAACUUGAGUGGUGGCGGCGAAACUGAGAUCUGAUUGUGUGCAAAGUGACGCUAAACUAAUUAGUAGAAGAGAAAUUUGAUGGGGUCAGAAUCUCAGCGCCCGCAGUUCAUCGAGAGCACCGGAAACCGGAGCUUUUCCCGCGCCCCACUGAUUGAAAACCCUGAUAAUCAGAUUGUUGUGCCCGAUAAGAAGAGCUGGAAGAAUUUAUUUGCAUAUAUAGGUCCUGGAUUCCUCGUGUCUAUUGCUUAUAUCGAUCCUGGGAACUUUGAGACAGAUCUGCAGUCAGGUGCACAGUACAAAUAUGGGUUGCUGUGGAUCAUACUAGUGGCUUCAUGUGCUGCUCUCGUUAUCCAGUCUCUAGCAGCCAAUCUCGGAGUUGUCACUGAGAAGCAUCUAGCGGAGCAUUGCAAGAUUGAAUAUCCAAAGGUGCCAAAUUUCAUUUUGUGGGUUCUAGCUGAGAUCGCCGUCGUGGCAUGUGAUAUUCCAGAAGUGAUCGGGACUGCUUUUGCGCUGAAUAUGCUUUUUGGUAUUCCAGUAUGGUGUGGUGUUCUCUUGACCGGGUUCAGUACGUUGAUUCUUCUAGCCUUACAGCAGUAUGGGGUCAGGAAACUUGAAUUCUUGAUUGCUUUCCUCGUGGCCAUCAUAGCAGCCUGUUUCUUUAUGGAGCUUGGUUAUGCAAAACCUGAUGCUAAAGAAGUCCUCCAUGGGCUGUUCGUUCCCCAACUCAAAGGAAAUGGUGCCACUGGUCUUGCCAUAUCACUCUUUGGAGCUAUGGUCAUGCCGCACAAUUUGUAUCUGCAUUCAGCCCUAGUGCUCUCCAGGAAGAUCCCACGGUCUGUUCGUGGCAUCAAGGAGGCUUGCAGGUUUUAUAUGAUCGAGAGCGCCUUUGCUCUGAUGGUGGCCUUUCUCAUCAACGUGUCAGUUAUUUCCGUAAGUGGUGCAGUAUGCCACUCUUCCAAUUUGAAUCAACAUGAUCAAGCUAGUUGCAGGGAUUUGGACCUUAAUGAAGCCUCGUUUCUGUUGAAAAAUGUUCUGGGUAGUUGGAGCUCAAAGCUGUUCGCGGUUGCCCUAUUGGCAUCCGGUCAGAGUUCGACUAUAACAGGAACAUAUGCGGGGCAGUAUGUCAUGCAGGGAUUUCUAGAUUUACGACUGAAGACAUGGAUCCGGAACUUUCUGACUAGAUGUUUGGCAAUAGUCCCGAGUUUGAUCGUGGCAAUCAUUGGUGGCUCUGCUGGGGCAGGAGAGCUUAUCAUCAUUGCCUCGAUGAUUUUAUCAUUUGAGCUCCCGUUUGCUCUUAUUCCGCUCCUCAAAUUUACGAGCAGCAAGGCCAAGAUGGGGGAAUGUGUCAACUCAACCAUGAUUUCUGCUAUCACUUGGAUCAUAGGUUCCCUGAUAAUGGGCAUAAACAUAUACUAUCUUGUGAGCGGCUACAUUGGGCUGCUACUUCACAGCCACUUAAAGCUCGGUCUAAAGAUCUUCUGCGGAAUCCUUGGAUUCUCUUGUAUGGCUCUCUACAUCUCCGGCAUCGCAUACCUCGUUUUGCGCAAAAACAAGGAAGUCUCCCACCUUCUAGCACUAACAACACCCGGAACCCAUGAGAUUGCGAGCGAGUCAGGUAACAACAACAUCUCGUCGAUGUUCUGUCUCCCCAGAGAAGACAUCGCCAGCAUGCAGUUGCCUCAGAGGAAUCCAGGGGAUCUCGAUUAACUAUAGUCUGCCGUAAGCAGUUUGCAGCUAGACCAGCUUCAGCCUUCUGUCCAACUCGGUCCUGACUUAUGAUGAAGCAUGAAAAACGUUAUAUCCUUCUUAAUUAACUAUCUUGGUUUCUUGCUUCACUAACUUUGACGAAACAAUAGUCUUCCUCGAUAGAAGAGACGUAACAGUCAUGACUGUUGAAAUAUCCAAGUUGUGGGAAAGCUUAGCUUAGACGCUUGCAGGUCCCCCCGAAUCACAUCAUCCACCAACCCACUCAACGUCAGUCUAAUAGUCUCCCUGUAAAACCAGAAGUUUCCUCCUCCCUCCAUGGAUGAUUGAUGAUGGUUGGUUGAGCUGUGAACA